AUGGCGGAAAAACCCCGGACACUCAAGUCUGUUUUCCAGGCCGCCGAACAGAGACGCUUGGCAUUGGAGGGAAACUAUGAAACCACCUCGCCCUCCUACGUGGCGAAUCUUGCAGAGGCCCUCAAGCUAUACCACGAGUGCACGCAGCUCGUCUACACCAUAUCCCUGUUCAGUCCCAAUGAGUCGCUCGAGGAUAUAUCUACGUCAGACAUGCCAUAUCUUCUGUUGAAUUACCGGAUAGCAGAGCUACUGCAGAAAAUCUCAACCCCUUCAACCGCAGAGAGAAAGGAUGCCUUGGCCACGACCCGGGAAGCCUAUGAGAAGUUCUUGCAUCUACUGGACGGCUAUUCGAUCUUCUCGGCCUCGGACAAGAAGUUAUUUGCUGAGUACAACGAUGACCCCAACGCAUUCUCGACCAUCUCAACCACAGAUCCCGCUGCUCGGAGAAACGCGAAGAUUGCGAACUUCAAGAUGGAGAAGGAGAUGAAGCAGAGACUCGAGCACAUGCAAAACUCACCACUUCAUCUGGACGGCGGCGGAGACGAAGAAGCAGUCCGAGAGCUAUACCUGGCCAACAUUGCCUUCUGCGUACACCACACGUUCCAAGGCCUCGAGGGCAUCAGCCGGGAGAUGGAGAUUCUAGCUCAGGCUCCAGUACCGCUCAUGUUCCCGACGUCCACGGUUGAGGAAGAUGAGCGACGAAGAAGAAAUGCAGAGACCAACGAUGGCUAUUCGGAACGACUUGAUCGACCUCUGAGAAGGUUGCAGUCAGCCUUCGAUGGUCCGAUACUCAGCAAGGAGGGAAAGCCGUUGAGACCGUUUACCCUCACCUCAAACAGGCAAGAGAUACAGCAGGGCGUCUUCCGGCCCGGUCACAAUCUGCCGACCAUGAGUAUUGACGAGUAUCUGGAGGAGGAACGUCGGCAAGGGAAUAUCAUAGAGGGUGGAGGAGAGGCGAGCGGAAGGCAGCCCGAGCCCGACGAGGAUAACAUCGACAAGGCUGAUGCGGAGACGAUGAAGGCUCGUGAGUGGGAUCAAUACACAGAGGCCAAUCCCAAGGGAAGCGGGAACACGAUCAACAGAGGAUAG